CCCACAAGCCGGCAGAAAUGGCAUAGCAUGACAGCUGAGCCUCAUAGUACAAUACAGAGAUUGAGUGAUGGCCAAAGUGGUAGCACUGACAUCUCUCACUGCCGUUGUUCUCACGGCUGCUGGAAGACUCCUCUACAGACGAUGGUUUCAUACGCCGGCAAAUUACGUUAGGGAGUUAAACAGACAAUAUUAUAAGGAAGCCGGGGUCGAAGCGAAGAGACAACAAGUCGGACCACACAAUUUCGCUUACCUGGAGAAGGGGACACCGACCACAGAACGACCGUCACUCCUGUUUGUCCACGGCUUUACAGGAGAGAAGGAGAACUGGCUGUUUGUUUUAAAGCGUCUCCCGGCCGAACGGCACGCCAUUGCUGUAGACCUACUGGGUCAUGGCGACAGUACAGAUUAUCCAGAUGAUCCCAGCAUUCGAAAUCAAGCACAGACGGUCAAAAAGUUUGUGGACACGGUGGGUCUGCAGAAGCCAUUCCUUAUCAUUGGUCAAUCCAUGGGCGGAGCUAUUGUUGGGAACUACGCCGCCAUGUACCCGGAAGAUGUCGCCACUGUCACCUUACUGUGUCCAUUGAUGAAGACGCCGACUCCCAGCACCAUGAUUGCGGACGCCAAGGCUGGGAGGACCACGGCCUUACAAGACGCCUUCAGUCCCGAGGCCGUCCAGUAUAUGCUUGACCAGUGUUCCGUGGAAAAACGAGAAUAUCCACGCGUUCUCUUGGAAGGCAUAGCAGAGUUGAGAAGGCGGCAUGAAGCUUUUUUCGGCAAAUUGUAUUUUGCGCUGGGGAAGCAUGAGAACCGGACAGCACUGGAGACCUCUCUUCCCAAGAUAACGGUCCCCGUUCAUGUCCUUUGGGGUGACCAAGACCAGAUCGUUCACGUCUCAGGUACGGAAGUCAUAGAAAAGGUGUCUCCCAGGAGCAAGAUAACGAUAAUAAAGAACAAGGGUCACUCUUUAAACGUUGAAUGUCCGCAAAUUGUGGUGGACAGCGUUCUGGACUCUACACGUGGCACAACACCCAAGUCUUCCCUAUAACGUCACUGGAGCCAACAAACACGCUUCUUAGGUACACGUACCCUCUACAGGGGCUGCAGUUUUUUCUUAUGUGGACAGUUUCUCUGAUGCGUACAGCACAGAGAAUAAACGUCAAUUUAACCAGAGACAUAUCUGUGGAUAUAUAGUGAAAAUUCAAUCUGUGGCCCUGGUAGAGGGUACGUAACAGGUGCAUGACGCACUCAUACUUACAAUGUACGUUUAUAUAACUGAUUGCUUCAGUUAAUGUUAAAAAAUUCCAAUGACAGGCUCAAUAGCUGAAGGUGUCUUGUGAGAUACUGCUCUUGAAAAUCAUUUAUUAUAUUGUCUAGUCAUUCAAUCAUUUCAUUGUUAUUUUAUGAACCCACUCUUAGACUAUAGCUACAUGUAUAUUACUUCAACAUUCCACCUACGAUCCUGUAAG